CUGACAGCUAUAAAGGCCGCCGCGCGGCAGAGCCGCCACUGGGCUGCGCGCCUCCCUGGGAACCCCCUCUCGUGGGUGCUCUUUGAAGUGGAGGAGGGAGGCGGCGAGGGGAGGAGGAGGAAGGGAGAGAAGCAGCGCCCGCAGCUCUCUGCGCUCCGCCGAGCCUCCCCCUGCCCCGCGCGCACCUGGCGCCGCCGCUCGGCCCCAGCUCCGGGAGGACCACCUGCCGACCCAUCUCGCUUCGGGCCAGGAUGGAUGGCAGAUGGCAGCCUUCACGCUGGGCCUGGUCCCUGCUGACUAUGGCACUUGUGGCUGGGGGUGCGUCAUCCACGGGGGCCACGGACAACAGCCCAACAUCCAACAGCCUGGAGGCGGGCGCCGACGCCACGGCCUCCUGGUGGGGAGAGUGGACCAAGUGGACCGCGUGCUCCCGCAGCUGUGGGGCCGGCGUGACGUCGCAGGAGCGGCACUGCCUGCAGCAGAGGAGGACGUCUGUCACAGGUGCCGGGAACAGGACCUGCACGGGCACUUCCAAGCGGUACCAGCUGUGCAGAGUGCAGGAGUGCCCGGCGGACGGGAGGAGCUUCCGCGAGGAGCAGUGCAUCUCCUUCAAUUCCCGCGUGUACAACGGGCGGACGCACCAGUGGAAGCCGCUGUAUCCCGACGACUACGUGCACAUCUCCAGCAAGCCGUGUGACCUGCACUGCACCACCGUGGACGGCCAGCGGCAGCUCAUGGUCCCCGCCCACGACGGCACGUCCUGCAAGCUCGCCGACCUGCGAGGGGUCUGCGUGUCUGGAAAAUGUGAGCCCAUCGGCUGUGACGGCGUGCUCUUCUCCACCCACACGCUGGACAAGUGCGGCGUCUGCCGGGGCGAUGGUAGCAGCUGCACCCACGUGACAGGCAACUACCGCAAGGGGAACGCCCACCUGGGUUACUCUCUGGUGACCCACAUCCCAGCCGGCGCCCGAGACAUCCAGAUUGUGGAGCGGAAGAAGUCGGCUGACGUCCUGGCUCUUGCAGACGAGGCGGGCUACUUCUUCUUCAACGGCAACUUCAAGGUGGACAGCCCCAAGAACUUCAACAUCGCCGGCACGGUGGUCAAGUACCGGCGGCCCAUGGACGUGUUCGAGACGGGCAUCGAGUACAUCGUGGCUCAGGGGCCCACCAACCAGGGCCUCAACGUCAUGGUGUGGAACCAGAAUGGCAAGAGUCCCUCCAUCACCUUUGAGUACACGUUGCUGCAGCCGCCACACGCCCAUCGCCUCCAGCCGCUUUACUACAGCUUCUCGGAGCCAGUGGCCCAGAGCGCCGAGAGCAUGGACAGCGCAGAGCUGGACGGGGCCGGGCUGCUGGGCUUCCUGCGGCACAACGGCUCCCUCUAUGGCCAGGCCUCCUCGGAGCGGCUGGGCCUGGACAACCGUCUGUUCGGCCACCGGGGCCCGGGGAUCGAGCUGGGUCUGAGCAAAGGCCAGGAGACCAACGAGGUGUGCGUGCAGGCCAGCGGCAGGGCCUGCGAGGGGCCCCCCAGGGGCAAGGGCUUCCGAGACAGCAACACCACCGGGACGGCUCUCGAGGGAGACCAGCACGACCCAGAGGCCGACGCCCGUUUUGCCUCUCAGGAGCGCCUCUCGGCCAACGCCAUCUCCGACCAGCUCCUGGGCACAGGCUCGGCCUCCAAGGAGCUCGCCCCCAAUGAGACGGUCAACAGCAUCUUUGCCCAGGGCGGCCCCAGGAGCUCCCCAGCCGAGAGCCUCUACCUGGACUACGAGGAGAACGAGGGAGCCGGGACUUACCUGCUCAAUGGGUCCUACCUGCAGCUGAGCAGCGACAGAGUGACCAACACGUCCGCCGAGGCCCCGUUCCCCAACGCCAGCGCCAGCCUCCCGGCCUUAGCGGGGAACAGGACGCAGAAGGCCAGGACCAGGCCCAAGGCACGCAAGCCAGGCGUGAGCCCCGCGGACAUGUACCGAUGGAAACUCUCGUCCCACGAGCCCUGCAGCGCCACCUGUACCACAGGGGUCAUGUCAACCUAUGCCAUGUGCGUCCGCUACGAUGGCAUCGAGGUGGACGACAGCUACUGUGAUGCCCUGACCCGGCCGGAGCCCGUCCAGGAGUUCUGUGCAGGGAGGGAGUGCCAGCCCAGGUGGGAGACGAGCAGCUGGAGCGAGUGCUCGCGCACCUGCGGCGAGGGCUACCAGUUCCGCAUCGUGCGCUGCUGGAAGAUGCUCUCGCCCGGCUUCGACAGCUCCGUGUACAGCGACCUGUGCGAGGCGGCAGAGGCCGUGCGGCCGGAGGAGCGCAAGACGUGCCGGAACCCGGCCUGCGGGCCGCAGUGGGAGAUGUCGGAGUGGUCCGAGUGCACCGCCAAGUGUGGAGAGCGCAGCGUGGUGACCAGGGACAUCCGCUGCUCGGAGGACGAGAAGCUGUGUGACCCCAACACCAGGCCAGUGGGGGAGAAAGACUGCACAGGGCCCCCCUGCGACCGCCAGUGGACCGUCUCCGACUGGGGGCCGUGCAGUGGAAGCUGUGGGCAGGGCCGCAUGAUCAGACACGUGUACUGCAAGACCAGCGACGGGCGGGUGGUGCCUGAGUCUCAGUGCCAGAUGGAGACCAAGCCUCUGGCCAUCCACCCCUGUGGGGACAAGAACUGCCCUGCCCACUGGCUGGCCCAGGACUGGGAGCGGUGCAAUACCACCUGCGGCCGAGGGGUGAAAAAGAGGCUGGUGCUGUGCAUGGAGCUGGCCAAUGGGAAGCCGCAGACCCGCAGCGGCCCCGAGUGCGGCCUGGCCAAGAAGCCCGCCGAGGAGAGCACCUGCUUCGAGAGGCCCUGCUUCAAGUGGUACACCAGCCCCUGGUCUGAGUGCACCAAGACCUGCGGGGUGGGCGUGCGGAUGCGAGACGUGAAGUGCUACCAGGGCACCGACAUCGUCCGGGGCUGCGACCCACUGGUGAAGCCGGUUGGCAGACAGGCCUGCGACCUGCAGCCUUGCCCCACGGAGCCCCCAGAUGACAGCUGCCAGGACCAGCCGGGCACCAACUGCGCCCUGGCCAUCAAGGUGAACCUCUGCGGCCACUGGUAUUACAGUAAGGCGUGCUGCCGCUCCUGCAGGCCCCCCCACUCCUAGGCCCGGCGGCCGCCCCCAGAGACCGAGCACCCCAUCCUGGGGGCCACAGCCACUUCUGGGGCCGCUCCACGGACACCCUUCGUGCAGGGCACCCGGCUGUGAAGACAUGACACUGAGCCCCUGCUGUCCCGGGGCCGGAGAGCCCCCCCCAGCGCCCGUCGGCCCUCCCGGGAUAGAGCCUCAAGGACGGUGCAUUUGCGGUCCCCAGCCUGGCACCCAGCCCCACCCGGGGGCCUGGGACGUCCUCUGUCCCUCCGGGGCUGCGGGGUUGGAGGAGAGGGGCUGCGGCAGCCUGGGAUCCUGAUCCUGUUUUGGUGUCUCCUUCCGGAGGGAUUUUAAUCUCACAACUUGGCCUCCUUGGCCUCCCUGAUACGGAUUUGAAGCUCUUGGCACGGAGGGGCCCACCGCACUUUACGCCCGGAAGAGGCGUCUUUCUUACGGCCCGUGGCUGCGUGGAGCCGUCAGCUCUGUAUGUUAAUAAAGUGGUUGUACUUCUGGCGGCA